ACUGGAGAUCCGGCACAGCUCCUGCGUGGAUCGGUCCCGGCCGGGCUGCGGAGCUGUCGGCGACAAUCCAUCAGACAGGGCGGAGCGCCAGCGGCGACGGUCCGUCAGGUGGGCGCCAGCUCGUCACGGCCCAGCGGCGAGCGGCUGCCGAGGCGCGGUGGUCGGCACUCAGGUGGACCACGUCAGUGGGCCCCGCUCUCCGGUCGCGAGAGGUCAUGGCGCUUCGCCGGGCGGCGCUGCCGCUGCUGUUGCUGCUGCUGUUGCCGGUCGGACUGACGGCCGCGGAGCAGGUCGUGGAGGCUUCUGGCGACGGUGAGGCGGCCGACGCCGUCGUGGACAGUGGUGUCGAGCAGGACAUGGUGGGCGAGGAACUAAUGCGGUUCGAGCCGAGCGCUGAUCCGGGGCCGGGGCCGGGGCCGGAGCCGGAGCCGGAGCCGGAGCCGGUGUCGGCCAGUGAUGCGGCCCAGAGGGAGGACCUGGCCACCCGGCCCAAGCAGGCCAAGAAGACCGAGGAAGCGACGCGAGAGCAAGAGCUGAGGCCACAGCCGCGACCCACCUCAGCCACCGGACUGAUUGCAAACCUGUUCAGCUCGCUGGCGCGGCCCGAGGAGGGCAGCCAGUGCCCGGGCCGCUGCUACCACGCGCUGGCCGCGCUCAUGUGCGAGAAGGUGCUGGACGACAAGCCGUGCCCACAGCCGUCCAUGCGCUGCUGUGUACUGGCCGGCGGACAGCAGGCGCCGGCGCCCGCGACCGUGGCGCCACCUGCGCCAGCCGCCCUCACCGCCACCAAGAGCGCCACCACCAAGCGAGAGGUGCCUACGACACCAGCCACAACCACCACGCCGGCGCCGACAACCACGCCCACAACCCGGGCCCCCGCGCCCGAGACCACGACGGCGACUUCGCCGACGAUUGAUUGA